AUGCAGAUCAAGUACAUCGUCGCAACCAUCGCCUCAUUGGCAGUCUCGAGCGCCAUUGCAGGUCCCGUGGCAGAGCCUGCCGGAAAUGAAGUAGCCCAGCCCGCCGCCCUAGAAGCCCGUGCCGAACCCGCCAGCGAGAAUGUCAAAGACCUUCACAGCAGAUACGGCGCCAAACUCCACGACGCCUACCAACGGAACUACGCCGGGGGCAAAGGCACCCCUAUUCCCACCCUCCAAGACCUCCUCAAGCUCAAGCAGAUGGCUGAGACUACCCCUGCCGAUGCCCUCGACAAGAGGGGUGCCUACAGCUACAGGUAUUGGUGGCGCAGCCAAGGGUUCAGGAAUGGAUGUCAGCUGUUCUUUCCUUACUCCAUCUAUGCCCAUCAUUUCGGCUAUCGGUUGGAUAACUAUUACCGGUGUUUCAAUGUCUUCCAGGAUUGCGAUGAUGAUUAUGAUGGGUGUGAUUGUGAUUAUGAUUAUUGCUGA